AUGCAGACUACAGCAUCGAAUAGGAACUCUUUAGCUAAUGAAGUGAAGUUACGAAGAAAAUGUGUAGUUUUGUUUUUCCGUAACUACUAGAAGUGAAGUAAAAGGAGAAGAAGUAGUAGUGAUACAUUUAUAAAAAAACAAAGAAGGGUAGUACAACUGGAGGCGUUGCUCAAGAAAUACUAGUCCACCUACUGUACCACUUCAACGAUCCUCAUUUCGUCAUUAAAUAAAUUCAUUUGAGGAACCACUGCAUCGAUCAUGUACAAUGGUUCCCCCAAAGUGUUUGUUCAUGACUCUUUUUAUACUUAGAAAUAGAAGAAGCAAGGAAGCAAAAGUUUUUUCUUACAAGAUUACAUACUAAAUUAUGAUCACAAGGAUUCUCUUCUACUUGUUUUCCGUUGUGGUCAAAAUCAGGCUAUCAAAUGCGAAUACCGGAACCAUGCAACUAACUUUACUAAUGGUGAACGUGUGUGAAGAGAUGAUCCCCAUCCUUUCUGCUCCUCUAACCCUUGGUCGGCAACAAAGUUACGAAAACCGGUCGCGACAUAUGGAUUCUAGGGUCAGCUAUGUGAAGGACCUACGGCUGAAAAACGGCAUGGACGUUUUCACGCAUAACGAGCAGAAGUACGAGACAUUCGGAGCGCUCCAGCAAAGAAAUUACGCAGCGAAGCUUAGAUCCAUCGAAAUGGCGAAAACAUGCUCACUGUUGAAGGUAAUGAUUUGAUAUGAAAUAGAAGACUGAUUUCUCAUCUGAUAGAUAUGGAUAGCCCCUAAGGCAGUCUGCACUGAACUUUGUAUCCCCUACGCCGGUAUCCACGCGAAAAAUACGCAGGUCGGUUUUGAUUUAUCGGAACUCGCUCGCACUACAAAAAAAAAAGCGAGAUUAAUUGUAUUGUAUUGUAUUGUAUUGUGCGUGUUCCUUUCCCUUCAUUACAAGGAGAAGGAAUGGGACGUAUCGGUAUCGUAAUCGUUGGGCACACUAGUUUUGUUUUAGAAAAGGAGUAGAUGUUCUUCUCCUUUGGCCGCUUAAGUUAUCUCCAGUCCCGACUACGAUGUCCCUCCGUUAAGAAAUUUUUGAACCAAAGCUGGAACAAUCUUCGAAAUAUUCCACCUUAUAUAUACCCGUAAAAGUAAAACCCCCACUACUUCUCCAGGUAGCCGAGACUCGCGCCAAAGCUGAGGCCAAGGAAGCCCAAUUCCAGAGGGCGAUGGACAUCAAAAAUCAGAUGUUCAGAGAGCUAUCGGCGAAGCAGGAGAGGCUGUCCAUGACGAAGGACCCCAAGAAGCUAGCGGAGGUCAUGCAAUCAAUGGGCAUGAAGGUCCCAGCGAUUUUGAGGCCUGGAGGCGGAAAAAAGCAAAAGGAAGAUGAAAAUAAAUAGGGACACGGAUAGGAAAGAUUGAUCUUAAUCUUUCUUUUGGACUUGGACUUGGAUGUGGAGAACAACGAGACAUUUUUCUAGUUCCUAUGGGAGGAUCAUAUGCAUCUGCAUGCGGUAGUGGUCGUUACAAAAUUAAAAGUUCAGUCAGAACAGAACUCCUCUCACUUUAAAAGUGUCAGAGCAGAGGUAUCCAAUUCGAUCAUGAUCGGUGCUGUCAUGUUACUAUGAUCAUUUUCAUUACUCUUCAUUUUUAUAUCGAUAACUUCCUCUCUGCUUUUCUCUUAUCCUCGUAGGAUUGUCCUUUGAAAUUCAACACAACAUUGAUAAUGCACUACCUUUUGCUUUUACAUUUACAAGAUGAUAACCUGAAACUUCGACAAACUCAAACUGUUGCUACGCAAACUCAAGAUGCAACGAUAGAUUGAUGCAUACUACACCAAAUACGCACCAAAAGUAAUCGUUUACUAGCUAUUCCUGAUCAUAACGAAAGUGAUAUGAUGAAAUUUUUCCACUAUUCUAACAGAACCGUCGAUGGAUGGUCUAAACCAACAAGAUAUGAUAGUUCAUUUAACACAGAAGCUAAAUGCAAAAGAAAUAGAAUGUUCAUAACGCAAUAACAUCAAACGGGGGGGAGCGUCGUCAUAAGCAAGAAUUCCGAGACUGAACUAAUGUGCUGAUGAUGUGGUAUAGUAAGGCUUAGAAUGUCUGAUGAACGCGAAAAUAAAGAGUCAUCUACUACUGUCCACCUGGGCACUAAAGAUGAUCAACGCAUUGUUUUUUGCUACACGUCAACUUUCUUGAAUAAAAUGUACAAAAUCAUUGUUGAGUCGAUCUCCAUAUUGCUGCUUUCAUAUGUCUCUUUCCUGUAUAGACCAACAUUCAGCUACUUAUCUUUCCUUCUACUUGUACUAUCUACUAUAAUCUUCAUAUGGCGACAUAUGACAGCGAGGCACGUCCGUGACAGAAAAUUUCAGACUGCGAUGGGAAUCCGUGGAGUUUAUAGAAAAGGAUCAAGAAUAUCCUCGAAAGUGAGCAUGUGUUGAAUCUCCUGAAGAGCAUCAUUUGAUGAUGCAGGUCACACUGUGGACAGCGAACCACCUCCUAUCCUAUCCUAAGC